UUUUGCAAUCCAUUCGCGUCGUGGAAAAUCUCGCCAGCCUCUUACCACCGUCACCCAUCACCGCGACGCCUCGACCGCAUUACAUCACCCAUCCUACCACCGCAUCCACGCGACACCGCACCGGACCUCCCAUACUCCCCAUCCGAAGCUGGCCCGCUGCCGACUCUGGAUCACCGAUACGCAUAGAGUCUUGAUUCUCUUCGCUCCUUCGUAGCCCUUUUUUUUUCUUUCAUUAAUUCACACACACACACACACACACACACACACACACACCCCUUCUUCUCUUCUCUUCUUCGGCUUCUCUCUGCUUCGAAUCGCCCGCGACUGUAGACGUGCCGCCCUCUCUCCCUUGACCUAUCGUAGAAGUUUCGACGCUCCCCGAGCGCCCGCCGAAGACGUCGACCAGAGCUCCCCUCGUCCGAUUCCUCCCCACGAUCCCGCUUACCGGACCUUGGCUCCUUCCCGCUCUCCUAUCCUCUGCCUCUUGGGGACACGUUUGCAUCUUGCCGCGGUGGUCGCGACGCCAAUGCGCACAUCGACAAGUCCUCUUCGGACGCAACGGUGAAGAAGGGUACCGAGGGCUGGAAGGCCGCGGAUUGGGAGGUCCCCGAGCCCUAACUACUACCCAUGAGUUGGCAACAGGUUUCCGCCAUGGGUGCCGGCGGGAACGGGAUCCAGGGCCCCGGUAUGGGCGGUCAGGAGAUGCCCGGAAACCAGCCCGUCAGCUCGUCGUCGAACCAGCCGCACGCCACCGAGUAUACGCUGCAAGGUGUCAUGCGCUUCCUCCAAACCGAGUGGCACCGUCACGAACGGGACAGAAAUGCCUGGGAGAUCGAGCGCCAGGAGAUGAAGGGUCGCAUAGCCGCCCUCGAGGGUUCCGCCCGGCGGGCCGACGCUACGCAGAAGGCCCUCAAGCGAUACGUCACCAUUCUGGAAAAAAAGGUUAAGGACCAGGCUGCCCAGCUGAAAGUUGCCUCUGCCGCCCCCCCCGACGCCGAUCAUUCGGUGAAGCAGCCCCCGAAGAUCGAUCGGGCAGCCCUCAUCCAGGAGAAGUUAAAGUCCUCGGGCGAGAAACCCAAGGAGCAGAUCCCGGGCCUCGAAGGCGUCGUGGGCGAGCGUGCGCAUGAUGACGACGAGCGGGAGAAUCUCAGGCUCUUCUUGGACCAAUGCCAAGCCGAAUUCACCUACUUAAUGAUCACACCCGCUAACCCCAUGCCUCCCCGAGAGUCCCCGCCCCUUCCCCUCAUCGACGAUCUUCGAGAAGGGGAUUUCGGCAUGCCUAUGGGCCAGCAGCCUCUAGACAACGCUUUUCAGGCGCUGAGGCUCAGCCAAAAUCACGUCAAAGAUCCCGCCUCUCGCCAGGCGUCGGCGAAUGCGAACAAUCACCACGUAUCUAUGAUGCCGCAGUCCAACUCCGCCAUGAGCUUACCCCCGAAGAACGCCGAUGUGCAAUCUGCUGCUAUGGUUCGUUCCGGGGAGGGCCCCGGGCCGAUGUACGCACAUGCCGGCGAAUGGCCUCCCGCUUCGGGGCCGCCUCUGGCUCGUAUGCAGGAAGAUGCGAAUGCGAGGCUCGGCCACGCGAACGAGUCUGCGCGUUCGGAGCUGACCGAGAUGCCGAUGGAGAGGAGAGGAUCGGCUGAUAACGAUGCUUGGGAUUUCCCGGAAGGGAACCUCAACGAUCUGGCACCGCCGCAGCCCUCGCAACCCCUGACGCACCGCCCGGAUACUGACGUCUUCCCCAACGCCGAAAAUCUGCCAAAGUCGCCCAGCCGCGGUCCGAGCUCUCACAGACGGAAGAGCUCCAUGUCUCGGCGGAGGAGCGCGGAGCAGGAGCUCUCCCUCCACGCCAUGGCGCAGAAGGCCGACAACGGGAGCUUCAAGCUGCGUUACGGGCUGCGCGGCCACCUCAACACCGUUCGCACCGUGAUAUUUUCCGGAGGCGGCAGCCCGAGCGAGCCCGAGAUCUGCACGGCCGGCGACGACGGCCUGAUCAAGCGUUUCCACAUCCCCCGCGAGGGUCCUAACCAUGCUGGUGGCGUAUCGUCGGACCUCGACGUGACCGCCGACUUCACCCACCGGGGCCACGUCGGCGCCGUGCUAUCGCUGACGUCGUGGUCGCCGUCUCCCAACUUCUCCACCGGCGGCCGCGCUCAGGGCGACGGCUGGAUCUUCUCUGGAGGGCAGGACGCGACCAUCCGCGUGUGGGAACGCGGCAGGGUGGACCCGAAGGAGAAGCUCGAGGGACACACGGACGCGGUAUGGGCCAUCUGCGUCCUCCCGGCGACGCUGGGCGCGGUGUUUGGCCCGUCGAGCCCGUACGGCACCCCAGACCGUAUCCUCGUGGUCUCCGGCGCCGCCGACGGCGCCAUCAAGAUCUGGGCCGUCAGCGCGCCCCCGCAGCUUACAUCACCCCAGCCGGGACCGCUGCGGCGCUCCACCGGCAGCGGCCGGGUCAGGGGCAACUCGAUGAGCUCCGGAUCGCAAUUCCCGAGCUCGCCGCAGCCCAGCAUGGCUUCCAACUCGCCGUUCCACUACACGCUCGUCCACGACAUCCACCGGUCGGACGGAUCCAAGGCGUCGCCCACGUGCAUCACGCCCCUGUCAGCCAGCGGAGAAGCCUUCGUGGUUAGUUAUUCGGAUGCUGCUAUCGUUGUAUUUGACACCAGAACCGGCGAGGAGAUCGGCUCCAUGGCGAGCCUGGAGACGUACGACAAUACGAUUAACACGAGCGUCAACGCGGUCGUCGCGACGACGGCCGGCCUCGACCAGGGCUCCGGGCAGGGCCUAGGCGACGAAGACACGGGCGGCCCCACCGGCGGCAGCGGCACGGCUGGCAGCGGGAUCGAGGGCGUCAUCAUAUCGGGGCACGAAGACCGCUUCAUCCGGUUCUUCGACGCCAAUAGCGGUCAAUGCACGUACAACAUGCUCGCUCACCCGGCGUCGAUUUCGGCGCUGUCCCUGAGCCCCGACGGCCGCGAGCUCGUAUCGGCCGGGCACGACGCCAGCCUCCGGUUCUGGUCGCUGGAGAAGCGAAGCUGCACGCAAGAGAUCACGAGCCACCGGAUCAUGAGAGGAGAGGGCGUGUGCACGGUAGUGUGGAGCCAGGACGGGCGGUGGGUGGUUAGCGGCGGAGGGGACGGGACCGUGAAGGUUUUUGCCCGGUAACUGCCAGCCCAAGGGCCACGGCCGCGGAGCGGACGGGAAACAUUGUAGAUGGGUAUCCAAUCAAAACUAUCAGCGGAGUUGGCGGCGAGACUACGGGUUGUUUCCCUCCUUUUUGGUCCUUUUUUUUUCUUCCCCGUCACUCCGGAGAGAUGCCGCCUACACUACAUCCAGACCAGAGAGACAGGCUCACCCACCGUAUCCUACGACGCGAUACCAUACGAGACUAUACCAUACGAGACCAUACGAGACCAUACUAGACCAGACUAUACCAUACCAUACCGCACCAUAUCCCUCGCCUGUUCUCUGCCGCAACCCUCGGCGUGGGGAGAGCCGGAGACGGACUCAGCGAAGCCGGCAGAGCUACUUCGUCGAUGCAUUUUCUCACCGGUUUAUUCCCAGCUCUGACCGCGGAGAGGGGGAAGUGGGAGGGGGGAAUUUUCAGAAAAAAGAAAACAUCGGGCGUCGUUCAUUUUGGGCUGGGAGGUGGUUUGAAGCAGAGGG